AUGCCAUUUUACAUCUGAUGCAAGUGCUCUAAUGGUUGCACUUUUGGCCUUUUCCAAACUAGGCGUGCAAACAUUGACGAAAGGCGACCAGGAACAAACAGAUCCUUUAUGGAAUUCGAAGAAUGACAUUAGCCUGACGGCAAUGGAGUUCUAUAGGAGACUUGGUGGUUGGUAACUGGCUUAUCAUGUAAUCCACCAUCACUAAUGGUUACACCUGGAGGGAUUUUCUAGAAGGGAUUAUGCAGAUAUUGGAUACACCAACCUUGAUUCAGUUGAUUAGACAAUAAAGUGGUUCUAGAUAAUGCUCAAACUAGUUUUUUGGAAGGAAAGUGGUGCAAUAAGAAAAUUGUCAUCAAGUUUCUUUGUUCUAGUGCAAGCUCCAUUAGGACAAAGUGGGUGAUUGGAGGAAGCACUUUUGAGCUCAAAUUGCAGUAUAAAACCUGUCCCUAAGGAAAGGAUUCCAGCAUUGUGAGAUAGCAGAAAACUUGUACAUUGUGAGAUACAUUGCAGGAAUGGCAGCUCCAAUGAAGUUCAUUUGCCUUCUGGGCUUGCUUGUGCUUGUCAGCAUGGCUGGUCUGGAAAAGGUUGAUGGGGCAAGCGCAUGUGGAAAAUCUACUCCAGACAAUGAGGCUAUGAAACUUGCUCCUUGUGCAACUGCGGCACAAGAUGUGAACGCAGCUGUUCCUGACAGUUGCUGCCAACAGGUGAAGAUCAUAGGCCAAACCCCGGCUUGUCUAUGUGCGGUCAUGCUUUCUAACACUGCCAAAAGCUCAGGAAUCAAGCCUGAGAUUGCUAUCACCAUCCCCAAGCGCUGCAACAUUGCUAAUCGACCAGUGGGAUACAAAUGUGGAUCAUACACAGUGCCUUAAAGGGAACAGAAGGUAUUGACGACUGCGGAUUGAGGCAUAAGGUACUGAAAAAGCUGGUAGCUGCUGGUGUAAUAAUGGCUGUUGCUUUGGCCUGUGUAUUUAGGCAAUAAAACCUACCAACUUAAAUGCCUCCAUCUCUAAUAAUAUAUAUUCGUUCAGUAUAAGAAUUGGGUUUAAAAUGAUUGUCUUAUGCUUAUUGCUU